AUGCUGAUUUGCAAAGCUGCGGCGGGUGUACUCUGUGCGUACUACUGCGUAGUCCGGGCUGUGUUCGAUGUUGUCUAUGCCAGCCAGGACCCCGAAGCCCCGAUAUACAAAGACGCAGUCUCACGGGAUGGACCGAGUCGGCUCAGCCGAGAACCACAAGCCUUUGGCUCCUCACGACGUGUACAACAUGACAACUCGGACUGGCCACGACGAGCCGUAUGCCGAAGCCACAAAAAGAAGCUGGUCUCUCAAUCGCGGGGAUCCCGAGGUUACCAACUUCCAGCCUCAUCCGUCCAAGAUUGUCCGCUGCUACUCCCAUCCCUGGACGCAGAUCCUGCUGAUCUCGUUUAUAUGCUUCUGCCUUCCUGGGGUAAGCCAAGCAAGCCAAUUGUACCCCGACUCCGAACUAUACUGACAAGUCGGGCCGGUCGUCUUCAGAUGUACAAUGCGCUUACUGGACUCGGCGGCUCAGGACAAGUCGACUCGACCGUCGCCGCGAACGCCACCGUCGCCCUCCUCUCGGCCACGGCAGUCACGGCCUUGGCCGUCGCCGGUCCCGUCUUCUCCAUCCUCGGACCGCGCAUCAGCUUUCUCAUGGCCGGCUGGACGUAUGCCCUGUACAGCGGCUCGCUUCUCAACUUCAACCACACCGGCUGCGGGGCCUUUGUCAUUGGAUCCGGCGCCGUCCUCGGUGUCGGCGCGGCCUUCAUCUGGAUCGUCCAGGGCGCCAUCAUGACGACGUACGUGGACGAGUCGCAAAGGGGCCGCGCAAUCGCCGUCUUCUGGAUCAUCUUCAACCUCGGCGGCGGCAUCGGCUCCCUGGCCUCGUUCGGCCUCAACUACGACUCCCAGUCCGGCAGGGUCUCCAACUCGACAUACGUUGCCCUCAUGGCCAUCAUGCUGCUCGGCUGGACCCUCGGCGUCUUCAUCUGCUCGCCCUCCCGCAUCCGCCUGGCCCAGCUGGACAAGGCGGUCGAGACGGAGGAGCAUACCCUCGGCGGAAGCGCCCUGACGGCCAUCAGGACCAUUGCCAGAUGGCGCGUCCUUUGCAUGCUGCCGCUCUUCUUCACCGCCAACGUCUUCUACAGCUACCAGCAGAACCAGGUCAAUGGCCAGACCUUCAACAUCCGCACUCGAUCGCUCAACGGCGCCCUGUACUGGAUCGCGCAGAUGCUCGGCGGCCUCUUGAUGGGAUUGCUCCUCGACGUCCCCUGCCUCGACCGCCCCGCGCGCGCCAAGCUCGGCUGGGCCGUCGUCUUCGCAUCCGGCAUGGCCAUCUGGGGAGGCGGCUAUCGCUUCCAGCAGUGGCAAGACGCUCGACAUGCCGCCGGCCACCACCAGGACCUUGACUUCAAGCGGGGGAGCCUCUCUGCCGGCCCCAUCCUCCUCUACAUCUUCUACGGAGCCUACGACGCCCUGUGGCAAGGCUACGCCUACUGGCUCAUUGGCACCGAGUCUAACAGCUCAGCCCGCGCCGCCGUCCUCGUCGGAGCGUACAAGUCCCUGCAGGCCGCCGGCGGCGCCAUGGCAUGGCGUGUCAAUGCCCAGAAGGCAGCUCCCAUGAGCCAGUUCGGAAUGAACUGGGGCUUGUGUAUCGGUUCCCUCAUCGCCGUGCUACCGACCGUCUGGACCGUCUCCAAGACCACAGCCACCGACGACGAGGCAAACGUCCCCUUCGGCGCGCACAACCAGCCCAACAAAGUGGCCACAGGGAUAAAGUAG